CGGAGACACCGACCGCGGCGGCAGCAGCAGCAGCAGCAGCAGCAGCGAGGAGAGGCGGCGGCGGGGAGGAAGGCACGGCCAAAGCUGCCCAGCGCUUCCUCCUCCACACCCCCCGCCGAAGCAGCACCGGCGACAGAUAUUUAAAAAAAUGGAUUUGACCAACCAUGGACUUAUUCUACUGCAGCAGUUAAACGCUCAGCGAGAGUUUGGUUUCCUGUGUGACUGCACGGUUGCAAUCGGCGAUGUGUACUUCAAGGCACACAAAUCAGUUCUUGCUUCAUUCUCCAAUUACUUUAAGAUGUUGUUUGUCCAUCAGACCAGCGAGUGCGUCCGUUUGAAACCAACUGACAUACAGCCUGACAUCUUCAGCUAUCUCUUACAUUUGAUGUACACUGGAAAGAUGGCGCCUCAGUUGAUCGACCCUGUUCGAUUAGAGCAGGGGAUCAAGUUUCUGCACGCCUACCCACUGAUCCAGGAAGCCAGCCUUGCCAGCCAAGGCACCUUUUCUCACCCUGACCAAGUCUUCCCACUGGCCUCUUCGUUGUAUGGCAUUCAGAUCGCAGAUCACCAGUUGAGACAAGCCACCAAGAUUGCCUCCGCACCUGAAAAACUUGGUCGAGAACCAAGGCCACAGACCUCCAGGAUGAGCCAGGAACAGGUGCCAGAGGCUUCACAGCUGUCGCAGCUGACUUCCAAUCUGGCCCAGGUGAACCGGACCAACAUGACUCCCUCGGACCCCCUGCAGACCUCGCUGUCUCCAGAACUCGUCUCCACUCCUGUUCCUCCCCCUCCUCCUGGGGAGGAGACCAAUCUGGAGGCCUCUUCCUCUGAUGAGCAGCCUGCGUCCCUCACCAUUGCCCACGUCAAGCCAAGCAUCAUGAAGAGGAACGGAAGCUUCCCCAAGUACUACGCCUGCCACCUGUGUGGACGGCGCUUCACCCUCCGGAGCAGCCUGCGAGAGCACCUCCAGAUUCACACGGGAGUACCCUUCACGUCCAGCCAGCAGGGGGAAAGCCGCGUCCCCUUGUCUCUCUGCAGCAACGCCGCUGACCUCGGGAAAGACGCCAUGGAAGUGCCUGAAGCGGGGAUGAUCAGUGACAGCGAGCUGCAGCACAUCUCAGACUCCCCCAUCAUCGAUGGGCAGCAGCAGUCGGAAACCCCGCCCCCCUCAGACAUCGCUGACAUUGACAACUUGGAGCAGGCUGACCAGGAGAGGGAGGUGAAGAGGCGGAAAUACGAGUGCACGAUAUGUGGACGCAAAUUCAUCCAGAAAAGCCACUGGAGGGAGCACAUGUACAUACACACCGGGAAGCCUUUCAAGUGUAGCACUUGUGACAAGAGCUUUUGCAGGGCCAACCAGGCUGCACGGCACGUGUGCCUCAACCAGAGCAUCGACACCUACACCAUGGUGGACAAACAGACUCUGGAACUCUGCACAUUUGAGGAAGGUAGUCAGAUGGACAACAUGCUGGUGCAAACCAACAAACCCUACAAGUGCAACUUGUGUGACAAAACGUUCUCGACUCCCAAUGAGGUGGUCAAACACUCUUGCCAAAACCAGAACUCAGACGUGUUUGCCCUAGAUGAGGGGCGGUCCAUUCUCCUGGGCAGUGGGGACUCAGAAGUAGCAGAACCUGACCACCCAGUGUUAGCUUCCAUCAAAAAGGAACAGGAAACCGUGUUACUAGACUGAAUGUUGCUUGUCUUUUUAAAAACUGUCAUUUUUACAAAAACUAUCUUCUUUCCCUUCCCCCAGCUCAGAACUGUGCUUCUGCACAGUUCAGACUAUGACACACACAGGUCCCUGUUCCCUUCUCCUCUUCUUCAUCUCCCCAUCCCAGCCCCACCUCUGGAAAGGCUUUGUGCAUUAAAAACCUGGAAUAUAUUUACUUUAAUUCAGGGGAUAUUGGAAAGAUAAUGGUCGGUAGUACUUGUAAACUUAAAAUAGAUUUUGAGAAGUUUUAGAUUAUUUAAAAGCAUACAUGGAACUAAUUAAGGGUCUAUAACAAAACAAAACAACAAGAAUAUAAUUUGGUAAGCUAAAAUUAUGACUUUCCCUGGGUAAUGAGUCUUCCUUCUCAGAAAAACAAUGUCAGAAAAUACAGCAUGCUUUUUAGAGAUAAAGCAGGGCUCUGUACUAUGCAAACCCUAGAAGGUGUGGGGAAACUUUAAACCCAAGAAAACGUUUUUAGUAUUUAUCCUCCAGGUGUCUUGUUUCAGAAUGCACCCUUUGAGAUUAUGUCCAGUUAAGAGAAAUCACUAGUUAGGAAAUCUACUUUAACAAAACACAAAACAGAAAAAGUAAUAAUGUGAUGGCAAUCUUAAUUUUUGGAUAAAACAUGACAAGCUGUGACUUUGUGUGUUUAUAAGAGAAAAUGUGGACACUUGCUAUAAACAGGUGAAUUAAUGCACAUGCCUUAGCUAAUUGCUGGCUUCUUUCCAAGUUGAACAACAAAAUGCUGUAUUUUAGUUUCUGACACAUUUGUUUUAAAAGUCAGAUUUGAAAGUACUAUAUAGAUUGUCUUUCUGGAUAGAAAAUGACAUACCAUUUUCUAGCAGUUGUCAGUGGGAAAUUUGUUUCAGUACCACCCAGCUGCUUUUAAAUCAAUGUGUGCACUGCAGGGAAAAGGAUAUUGGAAUAUGCAUCUUAAAGAGGAGGUGUGAGCAGGAAAUGUAACUUUAUUGAAAGUCAGUGCUAAUACUUCACUGGGAACAUUCAUUGAAGUAUCUAAAAUGGCAAAGAGAAAUCAGGACAAAAUCUGAUUUGCCGUUUGGAGAAAAAAACUUAAUUUUGAUGUGUAUUCUUUUGAUUUUUUUUUUUUUUCCUUAACACCUAAAAUUUUCUCCACUGACCUGAAAGCAGUACAAGUUGUCCGUUAAUCUUUCCAUAGGCCAAUAAGAGAAUGAAUGGUCUCACAGGACAAAAUAGGAGCCAGAAGUAAAAACCGAAGGGGAAAGGGAAGGGGGAGAAUAGUCAAUAGCUAUACUGUAUGUACAUGUUAAAAACUGAAUAUCCCAUCAUCCUAUUGUAUGUAUAGUUGAGUUCUCAGAUUUGUAAGUUUUUAUACAUCCUUUCAUUGAAUAAACAUUUAUUAAAUGGG